AUGACUGUGUCUUCUGCUGCUCAGUUGCUGUCUAGAACUUUGUAUUACAAGCGCUUUUUCCCCUAUUACGUUGGAGCGCUUGUGGCAGGCAUAGACGAAGAAGGUCACGGGGCAGUAUAUGGAUACGAUCCGAUAGGUACGAUCGAAUUAGUCCCUUUCGCUUCUCAAGGAGCCGGUUCUCCUCUCAUUGAACCAUUUUUUGACAAUCAGAUUAGUUGGCGGAACCAACCGCUGGAAACAAAAGCGCCGCUAACAAAGGAAAAGGCUCAGCAGAUAAUGUGUGACGCGUUUCGAGCCGUUGCUGAAAGAGAAACAUCGACUGGAGACAGCAUCCAUCUUGUCGUGAUUCAGCAAGGCGAAAAAACAGAAGAAAGCUUCGUUAAAAUCAGAAAUGAUUAA